AUGUUGAACUUUUUCCUGAAUAUAUCAUUCAGAUCCACACUUUUCCAACAAUGCAUUAAUCCAAACUUGCUCCAAAUUAGGACGAAAAUGAAGUCACAUAAAGCGAUAACAAGCAGGCUAAUCAAACGUACUUCAGGAUUAAAGAGAAAACACGCUGGAUUGAAUCAUGGUUUGGGUAGGUUUAGUGCACCAUCAUUGAAACAUUUAAGAGGAAUGACAACGGUUAAGAAAGAAGGGGGGUAUUUAAAGAAGAUGUAUCCGCAUGCUUGA